AUGAUUGUUAAUAAAGGAGAAAUGCGUUUUAUUAGAUGGUUACUUUUGAUUGUAGUUUUAUAUUUGUUAAUAAUAAUUCAUCAAUCUGAAAGUUAUAAUGACCAAAAAUUAUUAAAAUGUCGUCAAUUCUUUGAUUCUUUACAAUUUAAAAGAAAUUGUAAUAAUCAUUAUCAUUUGAAAGAAAUUAAUCGUCGUGCCCAAACUACUAAUGAGCAAAAUGAAAUUCCAAAGCAAGUAGAGGAAAAGAAACCUGAAAAGAUUAAAGAAAUAUUAAAACAAAAAGAAAAGAAGCCUGAAGAAGCCAAAGAAGAUCUGAAACAAGUAGAAGAAAAGAAAUCUGAAGAGAAUAAAGAAGAACCGAAACUAGUGGAGUACAAGAAUUCCGAGGAGACAAAAGAAGGACUGAAACAAAUGGAGGAUAAGAAAAUUGAAGAGAAAAAAGAAGAACCAAAAGAAGUGGAGGAUAAGAAACCCGAGGAGAAAAAAGAAGAACCAAAGCAAGUGGAGGAUAAGAAAAUUGAAGAGAAAAAGGAAGAACCAAAAGAAGUGGAGGAGAAAAAAGAAGAACUUAAACAAUUGGAGGUUAAGGAACCUGAAGAGAAAAAAGAAGAAACGAAACAAUUAGAGGUUAAGGAACCUGAGGAGAAAAAAGAAGAACCGAAACAAUUGGAGGAUAAGAAACCCAAGGAGAAAAAUGAAGAACCAAAACAAGUGGAGGAUAAGAAAAUUGAAGAGAAAAAAGAAGAACCAGAAGUAGUGGAGGAGAUAAAAGAAGAACUUAAACAAUUGGAGGUUAAGGAACCUGAGGAGAAAAAAGAAGAACCGAAACAAUUGGAGGAUAAGAAAUCCAAGGAGAAAAAUGAAGAACCAAAACAAGUGGAGGAUAAGAAACCUGAGGAGAAAAUAGAAGAACUGAAACAAUUCGAAGAUAAGGAACCUGAGAAACCUGAGGAGAAAAAUGAAGAAUCAAACCAAGAUGAAGAAAAGAGACCUAAAGAGUUGAAACCUGAUGAGACCAAAGAGGAACAAAAUCAGAAAGAAGAAAAAAUACCUGAAGAGAUUAAAGAGGAACCAAAACAAGAAAAGGCAAAAAAAUUUGAAGUGAACAAAGAAGUACAAAAAAAAGAGGAGGUAAAGAAGCCCGAAGAAACUGAGGAAGAAAAGAAACCUGAGACUAAAGAAGAACCAAAACAAGUGAAAGAAAGACCAAAAAAAUCUGUAGAUCCAAAAAAUGGGAAGGAAAAUAAGCCUAAACAAAUCGAGGAAGCUCCAAAACAAGAAGAGGAACAAAAACAAUCUGAAGAGCCAGAGAAAAAAAUUCCAAAACAGGUAGAUCAACAACCCGAGAUUGAUCCGAAACGAGUGGAAGAACCUAAAAAACAAGAAGCACCAAAACAAGCGGAAGAACCCAAAAAACAGGAAGUACCAAAACAAGGGGAAGACAAAAGGCCUGAAAAGAACCCGGAGAAAGCUGAAACAAAGACGAAAGCAGUUACAUCCGAAGGAACAUCAGAAGAUGUCUUUAUUCCACCAACUUCUAUAGCGAUAUCAUUACCUCCUCCAAAACCAACAGUUAUUUCACCAACCGUCACAUCAUCAACUUUUCCCGAUUUGCCCAAAGAAAUUGAGGUUUCUGAAGAAUCACGUGAAAAAUCAGAAACAGAAAUUGCGUUAAAAUUGAAUCAAAUGAAUUGGAAGGAAGUGAUAGACAACCCAACAUUUGCCGCGCAAAUUAUAAAAUUCAUGCCCAGAGAUCUCGCUAAUAGUAUUGGGAUAUCAGAAAAAGAUAUCAAAACAAUUAAAUUAGAAAAUUCACCCGGAAAUGGUUUGAUUUUGAAAUUGGCUAUACCAAAUGAAUAUGUGAAUGAUGCGAUUCACGUUAUUAAAGAUCCUACAAGUAAAUUCUAUACCGAGGGAACAGUAUUGAAUCAGUAUGUGGAUCCAACUUAUCCAAUUCCUCAAAAUAUACAUGCAGAACAAUCAUUUUCAGCAAAUAGAGGAAUUUUAAUUGGAGCGUUGGUUGCAGGAACCACACUUUUAUAUGCAAGCUUAACAGCUUUAUAUAUACGAUUUCAAAGAAAGAAGAAACAACGACAGCUCCAAGAACAACAAGAAGUUUAUUUCUCUAACUUGACUGUUCCGAUAUACAAUCACAGUUUGAAUUUGCAAUAA